AUGGAUUCCGAACGUCGCCGGAGGGACGUGAUUGCAUCGCACUUGAACGUUCUUCCUGCGGCCGAAGGGACCGACACGUCGCUUGUGACAAUGGAACCCGUCGCAGGGGAAUUCGUAAAACCUGAAGGAUACAGCGUUUUUCUUCCGGAGAAGCUGGCUGAUGGGAAAUGGAAUGUCUACAGAUCGGCGAGGUCGCCCUUCAAGCUCGUUGACAGCUUUCCCCAGGCCAACAUCAAGACUCUUCAUGACAACAUGGAGCAUGCAGCAUCUCUCUAUGCUGAUGAGCCAUGCUUUGGCACCCGUGUGCGUCCUGACGGAUCAGUGGGAGACUACGAGUGGAUCACCUACCGGGAGGCAGCAGAGCUUCGCACAGCAGUAGGGUCGGGUUUCAUUCGCCUGGGAUUGCAGCGAGGAGAGAGGGUUGGCCUCUACUGUGUCAACAGGGCGGAAUGGGUUCUCACAGAGCAGGCCUGCUAUUCCUUUGGCUUCGUCUCCGUGCCUCUUUAUGACACCCUUGGUCCGGAUGCAGUGCAGUACAUCAUGAACCAUGCCGAGAUUGCGGUUGUUCUCUGCACGCGAGACAAGCUCGAUAUGAUCACCUCGUGCUUGAAGGACUGCCCUUCAGUCCGCCUUGUUGUGGUUCUUGGUCAGGCGGACCAUCUGCUGCCCAUGCCUCCUCCUGGCGUUACCUUUCUCUACUACUCCAAGCUCGAGGCUCAGGGUCGCAUCAGCCCGCCUCCCUUCGCCCCUCUCUCCCCUGACGAGACGUGCAGCAUUUGUUACACCAGCGGCACCACAGGCGUGCCCAAGGGAGCCAUGUUAACACAAGGAGCAAUGGUGGCGAGUGCUGCAGGCGCACUUUUCAAUGCCACGCUCUUCCCUGGUGACGUGUACCUGUCGUACCUGCCUCUUGCGCACAUCUACGAGCGCAUGAACAUGCAGUCGCUCAUUCACUGCGGCGCUGCCAUUGGCUUCUACCAAGGGGACGUGCUGAAGCUGAUGGACGACCUGGAGGUGCUGCGGCCGACGGUGUUUGCGAGUGUGCCGCGGCUGUACAACCGCAUCUACGACCGCAUUCUCGCCACCGUGCGCUCCUCGGGAGGCAUCCGCGAGUACCUCUUUAACAUCGCCUACAGCGCUAAGAAGAGCGCGCUCGAGAAAGGCAAGGCGCCGUCAGCGGUGUGGGACCGGCUGGUGUUCAACAAGGUGAAAGCGCGGCUGGGAGGGCGAGUGCGCCUCAUGAUCACAGGCGCCUCCCCUAUCUCCCCUGAGGUCCUUGACUUCCUGCGCAUCUGCUUCGGAGCACGAGUGUGCGAGGGGUACGGUAUGACAGAGACAACAUGCACAAUAUCGCUGGUGGACGAAGAUGAUACCAUGUCAGGCCAUGUGGGCUCGCCCAACCCUGCAUGUGAGGUGAAGCUGGUGGACGUGCCUGAGAUGGACUACCUGUCAUCGGACCGGCCGCACCCGCGAGGGGAGAUCUGUGUGCGGGGACCCGUGAUCAUCAAGGGAUACUACAAGGACCCCAAGCAGACGGAGGAGUUGAUAGACGAGGAUGGGUGGCUGCACACAGGGGACAUCGGCACAUGGCUUCCCAUGGGCCGCCUCAAGAUCAUUGACAGGAAGAAGAAUAUCUUUAAGCUGUCGCAGGGCGAGUAUGUGGCACCGGAGAAGAUUGAGAACACGUACCUGCGCAGCCCACUCAUUCAGCAGUGCUUUGUCUACGGUGACAGUCUGAACGCCAAUCUGGUGGCCAUAGUGGUGGUGGAUCCUGAUGGCAUCACAGCGUGGGCCAAGAGCAGAGGCAUUCCCUAUGCAGAGGAUGUGCCACGCCUGUGCCAGGACCCUGUAACACGGGCUGCAGUGCUUGCAGACAUGGACCGAGUGGGCCAGGAGGCCAAGCUGCGUGGGUUUGAGUUUGUGAAGGCGGUGCACCUUGUUGCGGAGCCCUUCACAUUGGAGAAUGGACUGCUCACGCCCACGUUCAAGGUCAAGAGGCCCCAAGCAAAGGCCUACUUUGAGAAGGAGAUUGAUGCGUUGUAUUUGGAAGUCGCCAAGAAGGACAUGGUGGUUGACAUGGCUACAUCAUCCAAGCUGUAG